AACGAGGUUUAAGAAGAGAGAAAACAACCCCCACUCUCACUCACUCUCUCUCUCUCUCUCUCUCUCUCUCUCAUCUUUUAUGUCUCCUACAUAAUUACAUUGUCUUGUUCUAACAUCAGAAUCUCAUAGUAUUACUUCCACGCAUCAGUGUUGUGUUGUGUCCCUCCCUCCCUCUCUGUUUUUUUUUUUUUUUUGAAAUAUUUUUCUCUGUUUUCUUUCUCUUUCCUCUGUUUUCUCUUUGACUAAACAUAAAAGAGAAAGCCAAAAGAAAAUAGCCCAACAGGGUUCUUUCGAUUUGACCUCGUGUUUGCUUACCCAGAAACCUAAAUACCAAGAAACUGGGAUUUCCUCUUCCCAUCAAUCGUUUUCUCUUUUAUUAUCUUCAGAAAACAGAGCACUCCAUUCUAUUCUCUCUUUCUUACUAGCGAUUUCAGAGCGUUCUUUUCUUCGUUCUUGGCUUUUUCAAUACAAUUUUUCUGUGAAUCGGUGAUAUAUCUACAUGAAGUUGUGAAACAAUGAUAGAUGGGAACUCCAAGAAAAGCAAGCUUUCAUGGCCCAAGACCCUGGUCAAGAAAUGGUUCAAUAUCAAGAGCAAGUCAGAAGAUUUCCAUGCAGACGACGUCGUUCAGCAAGGUGGUGAUGAAGAAUGGAGUAACUACUCAGAGAGGGAGGCAUGCAAUAUCAAGAAAAGCAAAACAGGUUCAGCAUCAGACAAUCAAGAGAUCAAGUAGGAGGAGCUCUGAUCGUGUCCGGCGAAGUAAGAUUGAUCUAGAGGCCUCCCAAGCAACAGAUGUGCAUAACUAUAGGAUAUUUGUAGCUACAUGGAAUGUGGCUGGAAAAUCUCCUCCUAGUUAUUUGAAUCUUGAAGAUUGGCUUCAUGCUUCUCCUCCUGCUGACAUUUAUGUUCUUGGGUUUCAAGAAAUUGUUCCUUUAAAUGCUGGUAAUGUUUUGGGUACAGAAGACAAUGGCCCUGCUAGAAAAUGGCUAGCAUUAAUCCGAAAGACUCUGAACAGUCUUCCCGGCACAAGUGGUGGUUGCCACACACCUUCCCCAAUUCCUGAUCCAAUUGUAGAACUUGAUGCAGAUUUUGAGGGAUCAACAAGACAAAAGGCCUCAUCUUUCUUUCAUCGUCGCUCGUUUCAGUCAUUGAGUCGAAGCAUGAGAAUGGCGGACAAUGACAUGUCAAUGCCACAACCUAGACUUGACCGGAGAUUCAGUGUUUGUGAUCGUGUUAUCUUUGGGCAUAGGCCGAGUGAUUAUGACCCGAAUUUCAGAUGGGGUUUAUCCGAUGAUGAGAAUGAGACUGGAGAUUAUUCUCCGUGUGCCACACAUUACUCGCCAAUGUCUUACAACGGGUCUAUUUCAAUGGAGGAUAGAGAGAGACAAAUGGGGCAAUCAAGGUACUGUUUGGUUGCCAGUAAACAAAUGGUUGGGAUUUUUCUCUCAGUAUGGGUAAAGAGAGAUCUAAGAGAUGAUGUUCACAACAUGAAAGUUUCUUGUGUGGGGAGAGGAUUGAUGGGUUAUCUUGGAAAUAAGGGUUCAAUUUCAAUUAGCAUGUCUUUGCACCAAACAAGCUUCUGCUUUGUUUGUAGCCAUUUAACCUCUGGGCAGAAGGAGGGUGAUGAGCUGCGAAGAAACUCUGAUGUCAUGGAAAUUCUCAGGAAGACAAGGUUUCCACAGUUUCAUGACACGGGUGAUGAGAAUUCCCCUCAAACAAUCCUCGAGCAUGAUCGAAUCAUUUGGCUCGGGGAUUUGAAUUACCGGAUUGCGCUGUGUUACCGUUCUGCAAAGGCUCUUGUUGAGAUGCGCAAUUGGAGGGCUUUGUUAGAAAAUGACCAGCAGCUUCGGAUAGAGCAGAGUUGGGGACGUGUUUUUGAGGGAUGGAAUGAAGGAAAGAUUUAUUUCCCUCCCACAUACAAGUACUCAAAUAAUUCAGAUAGAUAUGCUGGGGAUGCUAUGCACCGAAAAGAGAAGCGAAGAACGCCUGCAUGGUGUGAUAGAAUAUUAUGGUAUGGUAGAGGCCUUCAUCAAAUAUCUUAUGUUCGUGGAGAAUCCAGAUUCUCGGAUCAUAGACCAGUCUAUAGUGUAUUUUUGGCAGAGGUUGAGUCUAUUAGUCGUAGCCGAAUCAAGAAAAGCACGAGUUGUUCCAGUUCUAGGAUUGAGGUAGAAGAGUUGUUGCCACACGCAUAUGGAUACACUGACCUUAAUUUCUAUUAAAGAAAGGAUCCAAAUUCACGAAUGAUUUUGUCACCAUGAUACAAAGCAGUCAUACAGGAUACAGACUCUUUGGAAGGUCUUUUGCUGAGAAAGGGCCCGGAUUUGAGGCAAAUG